GUGUCACUCUGUGUCAAAGUCAAUCUGUCAAAGCAAAGAUUGUUAUUAAAAAAUUGUUUGACGUCUAAUAGUCGGCGGGAUAAACGAAAACAUUCGUUAAAUUAAAUAAAAAUAAACAAACUAUCACGUUUAUAUUAAAAAGUUUCUUAAAAUCUAUAAUUCUAGUCAUAAGUGCUUACUUAGUUAAGUUAUUAAAAACUUUCUACGCUUGUUAACUUGAAAUCUCUGUGUUGUGUUAAAGUGCAGUACUUUUAGACAGAGACAUGGAUAAAACUGAGUCCAUCGGAAGAAGUAGUAUAGAAGGGUGCAUGAACAUCGAUUUGAUGCGGUCGCUGGUCAAACAGUAUUCUGAAUUGGGUCAAUGGACCAGUGCCCUGUUUUGGGCAGAUGCAGCAGCGGCUGCAGCAGGUGGGGGCCUGGACUCGGCAAGUGGCGAUGAUGUCUGGCUCCUGGCUAGUGCUAUGCUUGCUAGAGGUGAACUUCACAGAGCUGCACAUGCAGUCACUUCAAGAGGCCUCCAUAGACGUCACUUGCUAUGCCUGGGCGUGGCGAUGCGUGCAUACCUUGCAGCGCGGGAGCCGGCCACUGCACUCAACUUGAUGGACGAGUGUGACCCUAUGCUGCUUGAGGCCAGGAACACAGACCAGACACAUAAUCGCGCCCUGGCGGGGGUGUUAGUAUGGCAGGCGCGCGCGCUGGUGUCGCUGGAGCGGCGCGAGGCGGCGGCCGACGCGCUGGCGGCCGCGCUGCGCGCCGACUGUGCGCACUACGAGGCGCUCGACUUGUUGCUCGAGCAACAUGCGCUCACUCCGCACCAGGAGAGCGAGUUGAUAGAGUCGCUCCCGAUCAGCUCGCAGCUGAGCGCGGCGGAGGGCGCGCUGGUCCGCGCGGCGUACCGGCAGCGCCUGCACCGGUACUCGCCCGCCCCCGCCGCGCUGCCGCCGCCCGACACCGACUGCCCUAUAACAGCAGAAGCAGAGGCUGUUGGCGGUCGUAUGAUGGAGGCGGCGCAGAGUCGGGCGCGCCGCCUGGCGGCCGCCUGUCGCUGGACCGAAGCCCUGCGCGCUUUGGAUACCGUCGACCCAUGGUGCUGCGUUGAGGUCCGCGCGGCGUGCCUGGUUGAGCUGAAGCGUAGUUCAGAACUGUUCGCGUUCGCGCACUCCCUGGUGGACGCCUACCCUCAUGCGUGGACCUCCUGGUACGCCGUGGGCUGCUAUUAUUAUCUUAUAGGUAAGAGUGAGUUAGCGCGUCGCUACCUGAGCAAGGCGAAGAGCUUGGAGCCGAGCGCGGGCUGUGUAUGGCUCGCCUACGGACACAGCUUCGCCGCAGACAACGAGCACGACCAGGCCAUGGCCGCCUACUUCAAGGCGAGCCAGUUGAUGUCGGGUUGCCACCUGCCCCCCCUGUACGUGGGGGUGGAGUGCUCCCUGCUGAACAACUUUACGAUGUGCGAGCGGUUCCUCACCAGGGCCGCCACGCUGCACAGCAAUGCAAAGGUCAAGGCGGCGGAAGAGAGUGAGGGGGGCGAGAAGGCGAAGUGGUCCCGCGUGGUGGCCGUGGCGCGGGACGGACACGUCGCGCACGAGGCGGGCGCCGCCGCCUUCGCCAGCGGGGACUACCGCGCCGCCCGGGCACUCUUCCUGCUUGCGCUCGAUGCCGUCAGCCCCGCCAGCGACCAGGAGGUAAGUCCCCGGUGGGCGGCGACCCUGGACGCGCUGGGGCACGCAUGCCGCGCGCUGGGCCGGCCGCGCGAGGCGCUGGGCUGGCACGGGCGCGCGCUGGCGCUGCGGCCGGCGCGGGCGGGCACGCUGUGCGCGAUGGGGCUGUGCCAGGCGCUGCUGGGCCGCGAGCGGGACGCCGCCGCGCUGCUGCACGCCGCGCUCGCGCACGACCCCGACGAUGUCGUCGCGUUGGCACUACUCGAUGCCAUCGUCGACAGACUUGAUGCCCAACUCACUGAAGAAGAAAUCCCUCAGUUCCCGUUCCCAGCCGUGAACAUCUCCCCUCCAGCCGUGCCUGUAACGCCACCUGCCGACGCUACCAACACUUCCGACAUGAGCAUGAGCUUCGACUAGUCAACAAAAGCUACUUACAAUCCAUUAUAUACC